AUGCCUUUGAACUCCGCCCCGACGUCGCUUCGUAUCGAACGACCCUCAGGCCAAGGCGUGCGUGUGUCGGUACACGUACGACCGGAACGUCCUCGAGGCGCGCGGCGAGAACUACGUCCUCGAAGAAUACGCGCCGCGGCACGUCGACGACGUCGCGAACGACGUCGUGUUAUCCGACGUCGUCCCCGCGGCGGCUCUGGAAGCGUGCGCGUGCGAGCAUCCGGGGUAUUCGCGCGCGGUGUUGAUGCAGGCGCGUUCUAUCUCACACUGGUUCCCAUACGACCGCGUUGGCGUGGUGAACGCCGAUCCUUAAGGACUUUGCCCGGCGUCUCUCUCCGCCCAGGGUCCCUCGCUUUCAAUCCCCGCCCUCGACGCCUUUCAACUGCACCCCUGACGCCUUUCAACUCCACCCCUGACGCCUUUCAACUCCACCCCGACGUUCGCUUGUAUGGAACGACCCUGCAGGGAUUCGACUGGACGUCUUCCAAGACUAAGGACCGCGGGUGGUGGCGGAACGUGAUGGAACGCGCGGACGCGAUCGCGGCGAUGGGCGUGACGCACCUGUGGCUGCCGCCGCCGUCGCACAGCGUCUCGCCGGAGGGGUACCUCCCGCAGAAGCUGUGGGAUCUGGACGACAGCGCGUACGGGACGGAGGCCGAGCUCAAGGCGCUGUGCGCGAAGCUCAAGUCGCUGGGCGUCACGCCCGUCUGCGACGUCGUCAUCAACCACCGCGCGGCCGAGGGCGUCGGCCCCGAGGGCGCGUACAACCAGUACGGCGAACCGGACGCGAGGGACGUCGACGACGAGGGGAACCACGUCCGGUGGGGGGAGUGGGCGAUCACGUGCGACGACCCGAGCUACCACGGCAAAGGCGGCCCGGACUCGGGGGAGAACUAUCACGCCGCGCCGGACUUGGACCACUCGAACCCGGCGCUGCGGGAGUCGCUGAAGCGAUGGAUGCGGUGGUUGAAGACCGAGAUCGGCUUCGGCGGGUUUCGUUUCGACUUCGUGCGCGGGUACGCGCCGUCGUACCUCGAGGAGUACGUCCGCGCGAUCUUCGACCCCACCGCCGAUCUCGUCGUCGGCGAAAACUGGGUCGACAUGAACUGGGAGGGCUCCACGCUCUCGUACGACCAAGACGGCCCGCGGACGAAGCUCGUGGACUGGAUCGCGUCCACGCACGGCGUCUGCGCGCUCUUCGACUUCGUCACCAAGGGUGCGUUGCAGCGCGCGGUCGAGCACGUCGAGUUUUGGCGACUGAGGGACCGCGCCGGGCGCCCCCCGGGGCUGCUCGGAUGGACGCCGCAGCGAGCGGUCACGUUCACGGAUAACCACGACACCGGGCACCCGCAGAACCACUGGCCGUUUCCGACCGACCGGCAGGAGCUCGGAUACGCGUACGUGUUGACGCACCCGGGGGUGCCGUGCGUGUUCGGCCCGCACGUGUGGACGCGAGAGGACGGCGAAACGCCGGGCGCGGGCGACGUCGGCGCGUUGGGCGAGACGAUCCGGACGCUCCUCGCGGCGCGCAAACGCGCCGGGAUCAGAGCCGAGAGCGAGGUGAAGAUCCUGAUCGCGGAGGCGGACGUGUACGUCGCGCGCGUGGGGCACAGCCUCACGGUGAAGCUCGGGCCGCGGUACGACGUGCCGCCGGAAAUUUUGCCCCAGGCGCCGGAUUGGGUUCUCGCCGCGAGCGGCGAAGAUUUCGCGGUGUGGGAACGCGCGGACCCGGACUACGCGAAGGAGACGGCGGCGAGACCGGUGGAGGAGCCGUUCGAGACGCACGACGACGUCCUGAUCGGCGGCGAUCUGGAAGGGAACGACCGACCGAGCAUCGGCAGCUUCUUCGAGAAGAACGAGGACUCCGAGGACUCCGAGGACUCCGAGGCGUCGGAGGCUUUGGACGACUCGCUCGACGAAGACGGCGAAGAGGGCGUCCUGCGCACUAGUCCCCACGACCGCGUCGGCGAUGUGAACGCCGAUCCUUAA